CCAAACACGGCCUUGAGGCAAAAUCCAUGGCCAUUUUUGCCGAGGGGCCAUGGCAGCAGAACACAGAAUUCAAUCAAGAACCUUUGAAAUCUGUGACCUCCUGGUUACAUUAACAGGGGCAGCUGCUUGUUGAAAGUUAAAACUAGCCACACGACAAGGCGCCACCUGCAGCACCACCACUGCCGCCGCCGGAAGGGUGUUUCGGUGUCGUACUCCUCUAUUCAUUCACAUGAUUUUGGAAUUGAAAGUUUACUUUUGACAUCUGCUACUGGGUGUUUUUCAAGUGAGGAGAAUGAAGAACUUUGCAGUUCAGGUCGAGGAUGGAAGGGAAGGCCAAGAUGGGAAGCCAUCAGUUGGUCCUGUGUAUCGAAAUCUACUGGCCAAGCAUGACUUCCCACCAUCUGAUUGUGAUUUAAAUACAGCUUGGGAUAUUUUAAGGGUAUCUGUUAGCAAGUAUCCUGAAAAUAGAAUGCUUGGAUGGCGUGAAUUUAUUGAUGGGAAGCCAGGGCCUUAUCGGUGGAAAACAUAUAAAGAAGUUUAUGAGGAUGUUCUGAAUGUUGGUUCUGCAUUGCGGGCAUCCGGUGCUGAACCUGGUUCCCGGAUUGGAAUCUAUGGGUCAAAUUGCCCUCAAUGGAUUGUAGCAAUGGAGGCUUGUGGUGCCCACAGUUUAGUUUGUGUGCCCCUCUAUGAUACCCUUGGGCCACGAGCUGUGAAUUUUAUAAUUGAUCAUGCAGAGAUUGAUUUCGUUAUUGCCCAAGAUAAGAAAGUAAAAGAAUUACUAAAACCUGAUUGUACAUCUGCUCAACGAUUGAAAUCAAUCAUUUCCUUUACCUCAUUCACAGAGGAAGAGAAGAACAAGGCAGCCCACAUUGGAAUAAAACCAUUUUCAUGGAAUGAGUUCCUACAUUUGGGAAAAGAAAAUCCAUCAGAGCCUCUGCCUCCCCAACCUUUUAACAUAUGUACAAUAAUGUACACGAGUGGCACCAGUGGAGAUCCUAAAGGUGUUAUCUUGACUCAUGAAAACAUUGCAACAUAUGUACGAGGAGUUGAUCUAUUCUUGGAUCAGUUUGAAGACAAGAUGACUGUGGAUGACGUGUAUCUAUCUUUCCUUCCUCUUGCUCAUAUUCUUGACCGCAUGAUUGAGGAGUAUUUCUUCCAUAAUGGUGCUUCUAUUGGCUACUAUCACGGGGAUAUCAAUGCAUUGAGGGAAGAUUUGAUGGAGUUGAAGCCAACAUUUUUUGCUGGUGUGCCUCGAGUUUUUGAAAGAAUUCAAGAAGGUAUAAAAGCAGGAGUACAAGAGCUCAGGCCAUUGAGGAGGAGAAUAUUUGAUAUUCUUUACAAGUACAAACUUGGCUGGAUGAAUUUAGGGUUUAAACAGAAAAAUGCAUCACCAUUGGCAGAUCUACUGGCUUUCAGAAAGAUCAAAGCUAGGUUAGGAGGUCGGGUUCGACUCAUAGUAUCUGGUGGUGCACCGUUGAGCAUUGAAGUGGAAGAAUUUUUGAGGGUUACUUGCUGUGCGUAUGUAGUUCAAGGCUAUGGGUUGACAGAAACAUGUGGGCUGUCCACUCUUGGCUUUCCAGACGAAAUGUCCUUGAUUGGAACUGUUGGUGCUCCAUCUGUAUACUCUGAGUUGCGCCUGGAGGAGGUUCCAGAGAUGGGAUACAAUCCACUCGGGAAUCCUUCCCGAGGUGAAAUAUGUGUGAGGGGAAAAACAGUUUUUUCUGGGUACCACAAGAAUCCCGAACUGACUAGGGAAUCCAUCAGAGAUGGAUGGUUUCAUACAGGAGACAUAGGGGAGAUGCUUCCAAAUGGAGUUGUCAAGAUUAUCGAUCGGAGGAAGAAUCUUAUAAAACUAUCCCAAGGAGAGUAUGUUGCACUUGAAUAUCUAGAAAAAGUUUAUGGUACUAGCUCCAUUGUUGAAGACAUAUGGGUCUAUGGGGAUAGUUUCAAGUCGAUGCUGGUAGCAGUAGUUGUACCACAUGAAGACAACACCAAAAUUUGGGCAGAUAUGAAUGGCCACAGAGGUUCCUUCUCUGAAUUGUGUUUGCUUAAAGAGCUACAGAAUCAUGUCCUCCAUGAGCUGAAGUCUGCAGCAGUGAGAAACAAGCUAAGUGGUUUUGAGCACGUCAAAGGAGUGAUUCUUGAGCCCCGACCCUUUGAAUUGGAUCCAGACUUGGUGACCCCUACAAUGAAGAAGAAAAGAGAGAAGAUGCUUAAACAUUUUCAGGCAGAUAUUGAUCAACUCUAUAAAAAUUUGGCGGGAGGCAAACGCUAGGGGUGGUGGUUGCAAGUUUUGUAAUGAAGCAGUCAUAUUCAAAUUUGUGCAGUUAUAUGCGCUAUUUGUGUUAAUUAGUUCAGAGGGUAUGGAACCAUUCACCAAUAAUAGUUCCCUCUCCUGCUAAAUCAGGGUAUAAAUAAAAGAAUAAGUACUUAAGGUGUGCAAGUUAGUUGCAUGGCAAGGGCAAUUGGUGGAGAAAUAUGGAAGGCAAAACCCAAGAUGCAAUAAGCAAAGUGUAUUUGAAAGAAUACUUCAUUUGCAUGAUAAUGUAAGUUGUUGCUUUCCUUUUUUAAUCUAUCUUUUUGGGCAAUGUUGAAGGGUUUUAGAGGUUUAAACAUGAAUUUCAGAGGUGACUCCAGGCAAUUUUCCAAGGAAGACCAACAAUGCAAAACAGAAUCAUGGGUAGGAGUUGUCGAUGGUAUGAUCAAUUCAAAAUCAAUCUGACAUUCGAAAAGUACGAUUAUUUGAUGUAAGAUUUGGUAUUCAGAAAUUGAAUAUAGCAUCUUAUAGAUUUACUAAACAGUGCAGCAUUCAUGUUAUUAGAAUUCACACCAUCUCGCUCUACUUGUAAGUGCUAAUGUGAUAUUUUUUGAUUAAUAGAUUCAAAAUAUUAUGUGAAGAAA